AUGGCUGCUACCCCUGGAGGUAGUGAUACCAAGCAGGAUAUCCGGAAUUUUUUUGGUGUUGUGCAACCUGGAAAGCGGCAAGAACGUGAGACUGUGAGAAGGAGUGAAAAAAUUAAAAAUGGUGAAGGACCAUCCAGUGGGAAGAAGAGGGAAAAGGAGACUAAGGUGAAUAGUUCACCCAGUGAAGAUGAUCCUAAACCAAAGCGAACAAACAAGAAAAGAAGAAUAAUCUACGAUUCAGAUUCAGAAGAGGAGGUGCAGUCAGUGAAAAAACCCAAGAAGCCAUCUGAGAAAAAAGCAGCUACUUCAAAACUUGGUAAAGUUCUAAAGCAGGAUCCUGUUGUGUAUAUUUCAGAGACAGAUGAAGAAGAUGACUUUGUCAAUAAAAGAAUUUCCCAGAAACCGAAGGAGAAUGGGACAUCAGCAAUCAGUUGUCCAGGAACAACUAUGGUGAAAAAGGAGGAUGUAAAACCACGAGCUAAGAGUAAACCAUUAUCUCCAGUGAAAAAGACUCCCACCUCAGCACUUGAUUACUUUGGGACAAGUAGUGUCCAACGCUCAGAAAAGAAACUGGUAGCAAGUAAAAGGAAGGAACCUUCACAAAGCAGAGACAGCACAAUAGAUGAUGAGGCCAUUGCUAGGCAACUGCAGCUUGAAGAAGAUUCAGAGCUGGAGAGGCAGCUGCAUGAAGAUGAAGAGUUUGCUAAAACUUUGGCCAUGUUGGAUGAAACACCCCAGAAGAAAAAGGCUCGGAAGGAUUCAGGAGGUGAGCAAGCAGCGUUGAGCAGCAAGAGCAGUCCUAGCGUGACAGAACGAUACAAGCAGUCGGAAAGAGGGAAAGCAACAAACUCGACAGGUGAAGCAAAGAAUUACACUGCAAAGGAGCAGAGUAAAUCUGAACAUUCAAAAGGGUCUCGUUCAGCCUCACAAUCAUCUGAUGGUAAAACAGCAAGAGAGUUGACGGAUAAGGCCUUGCCUUUGAAACCUAGCUCUAAGCUUGUGUCUCUGAAACAAAAAGAAGACACCGCUGAAAAGGAAAGAGGUGCUCAAAGUUUAGUAUCAAAAGAAAAAACUGCUUCAGGGAAAGAAGAGAAGAUAACACCAAAGAAGGAGAAAAUUUCUCCAAAGAAGAGUGAGUCUGUAAGCCCUGAGGACUCUGAAAAGAAGCGAAUCAAUUACCAAGCCUACCGAAGCUUCCUCAAUCGCGAGGGGCCAAAAGCACUGGGUUCCAAAGAGAUACCUCAGGGUGCUGAAAACUGCUUGGAAGGCCUGACAUUCGUCAUUACAGGCGUUCUGGAGUGUAUUGAAAGAGAUGAGGCCAAAUCCCUGAUUGAACGUUAUGGAGGAAAAGUAACUGGCAAUGUUAGCAAGAGGACAAAUUACCUGGUUAUGGGGCGAGAUUGUGGCCAAGCUAAAUGUGAAAAGGCAUCAACUUUAGGGACAAAGAUUAUUGAUGAGGAUGGUCUGUUUGAUCUCAUUCGAACCAUGCCAGGCAAAAAAUCCAAAUACGAGCUGGCGGCUGAAACAGAGGCAAAGAAAAUAGAGUCAAGACCUAAAAGGACACCACAGAAAGCUGAAGCUGGAAAAACAAGCUUUAGCCCCUUCAAAAAGGAAGCUGAUAAUAAAAAUAAUAAAUUUACUUCUGAAAAAGGAGAUACUGUCAAAUCUCUUAAGAGAGAAACCAUCGUUCGAAAGCUUGUGGAUUUUAAACGGCAAACUGUAGACAAGAAAGAAGCCCCAAAGCCCAAGGAGGACUUGGUUUCUGAGAUUAAUGAAGAUGGAACAGAGAAAUUGCUAUGGGUAGAUAAAUACAAGCCUGUAUCUGUUAAGGCAAUAAUUGGACAACAAGGUGAGCAGAGCUGUGCCAAUAAACUGCUCCGGUGGCUACGAAAUUGGCACAAGAAUACCUCGGAUGAUGGACAAGCAAAGACCAGUAAAACUGGAGGCAAAGAUGAUGGUAGUGGGUUUAAAGCAGCAUUACUUUCUGGUCCACCAGGAGUUGGUAAAACUACUACAGCUUCUUUGGUUUGUAAGGAACUGGGGUAUAGCUACGUGGAGCUGAAUGCCAGUGACACUCGCAGUAAGAACAGUCUAAAGGAAGUGGUUGCUGAAUCGCUUAACAACACCAGCAUCAAAGACUUCUGUUCUGGCACAUCCUCAUCAGUUAGCGGGAAACAUGUAUUGAUCAUGGAUGAAGUGGAUGGUAUGGCAGGCAAUGAAGACAGAGGAGGGAUUCAGGAGCUGAUUGGUUUGAUUAGACACACAAAGAUACCCAUCAUCUGUAUGUGUAAUGAUAGAAACCACCCUAAAAUGCGUUCCUUGGUCCACUACUGUUUUGAUCUUCGUUUUCAGAGACCUCGUCUAGAACAAAUUAAGGGUGCCAUGAUGUCUAUUGCAUUUAAAGAAGGUUUAAAAAUUCCACCACCUGCUAUGCAAGAGAUAAUCCUGGCAGCAAAUCAGGACAUCAGACAGGUUUUACAUAAUCUUAAUAUGUGGUGUGCAAAAGAUAAAUCUUUGACUUAUGAUGAGGCUAAAAUGGAUGCCAGCAGAGCCAAAAAGGAUAUCAAACUGGGCCCUUUUGAUGUUGUCCGGAAGGUUUUUGCUACUGGAGAGGAGGCUUCUCGUAUGUCCCUGAUAGACAAAUCGGAUCUUUUCUUCCAUGAUUAUUCCCUAGCACCUCUCUUUGUCCAAGAGAACUAUGUACAUGUCAGACCUGCUGCUGCUGGAGGAAAUCUGAAAAAGCACUUCGUGCUCCUGAGUAAAGCAGCUGACAGUAUCUGUGAUGGUGAUAUAGUGGACAAACAGAUUCGUAGUAAGCUAAACUGGAGCCUUCUUCCAACACAGGCUAUUUAUGCAAGUGUUCUCCCUGGAGAGCUGAUGAGAGGACACAUGUCCCAGUUUCCUGUCUUUCCCAGCUGGCUGGGAAAAUUUUCGUCUACAGGCAAACAUGAUCGUAUCAUUCAAGAGCUGGCAAUGCACAUGAGCCUCAGAACUCAGACAUGCAAGAGGACAGUAAACAUGGAGUAUUUGUCAUAUUUGCGGGAUGCACUUGUCCAGCCUCUGCAAGACUUUGGAGUAGAUGGUGUACAAGAAGCUGUAAAAUUAGUGGACUCCUACUGCUUGAUGAGAGAAGAUGUUGAAAAUAUCAUGGAAAUAAGCAUGUGGGGAGGCAAACCCAGUCCUUUUUCAAAGCUGGAUCCCAAGGUCAAAGCAGCUUUUACACGUGCCUACAACAAAGAGGCACAUCUGACUCCAUAUUCACUUAACUCUGCCAAGACCUGGAAAAGGCAGUCGGCAUCUGCAGUGACCCUAGAACUGAAUGAAGACUUGAAUGUGGAAGAGAUCCAGUCUGAUGAGGAUGAGCAAGAUACAGUUGAAAGUGACGCAAUGAUUAAGCAAAAAAAGGCAAAGUCUUCUAAGCUGCCAAAAGGAGAGAAAAAUGAAGAAACAACAAAGAAAGAAGGGAAAAGAAAAGAGAAAACAAGACAUUAAACAAAAUAAAAUCUUGCUCCACCUGCAGCUUUGGUUAUCUAACUUCCGGAGGGAAUGUGAAAUGGAUCCAGUGAUGGAGCUGGGGAAGCAGAACCAGUGUGUUGAAAAUGCUCCUCUUAUAGAGGUGAUGUAGCUGCUGUAAUCCCACUAUACAGUGCUGUACUUACUCUUAACGUGCUACAACAUUACAAGCUCUAAAUAGCCUUGUACAACAAACACCAGGUGCAUGAACACGGUGAUUGUGAUGCUUAGUUACCUGGUAUUUAUACUAAGUCUUCCUCCUACUUCACUUUUUUUUUUUCUUAAAUAAAUCCCCUGAUUUUAUGUGGUGAAAUCUUGUAAAUAGUAGAUGCAAAAAAACCCCCAAACCUAAAUUGCUUAUUUGUACAUUACAGAAAUUUAGCAGUGUAUAAAAUUACAAUAAAAUGUUUCACAGGAGUCUCUU